UAGAUAGCCAUAUAUAAUGUUUUAAGUCAAUGGGAGAUAAUUAUUACUGAACGGAGCGAGCACCAGUAAAUUAGACUACCAUAAAAAGUCAAACCCAGCACGACGACGUUGCAUACCAUUAGCAUUUCCUAACAAAGUCCACCAUUCCAGCUGCCCAUAAUCAAAUAUCCCCGCCGGCUACUCCCCAUCAUUUCCGAUCCAAAUUACUCCUUUCUUAAACCCUAACAAAACCCUACAAUAAUGGGAAAAGGCGGCGGCUGUGUUCCCAGCAAGAAGAAGAUCUCCAAAUCUACCCUCCAAAAUCCACCUCCACCACCACCCAUCCCCGCCGCCGGCGAACCCGAUUCCGCCACUAACCCGGCCGUCGACUCACUUCCGGCGACAAAUACCUGUAAACAACUGAAAUUAUUUAUAAUAUUUUAUUCCAUGUAUGGACACGUGGAGAGCUUAGCAAAGAGAAUGAAGAAAGGAGUUGAAGCUGUUGAUGGUGUCGACGCCGUUCUUUAUCGGGUACCGGAGACUUUAUCUGAAGAGGUUCUUGUUCAAAUGCGGGCCCCAGUGAAGGAUGAUUUAAUUCCGGAAUUGCCCUCACUGGCAGAGCUUGCCGAUGCUGAUGGGUUUUUGUUUGGGUUUCCGACACGGUAUGGGUGUAUGGCGGCUCAAAUGAAGGCGUUUUUCGAUUCUACAGGGCAGUUGUGGAAGGAGCAGAAGCUUGCUGGAAAGCCUGCUGGGUUUUUUGUUAGUACUGGCACUCAAGGAGGUGGACAAGAGACCACUGCUUGGACAGCAAUCACCCAACUAGCACACCAUGGUAUGCUCUUUGUUCCCAUUGGAUACACAUUUGGAGCUGGUAUGUUCAAAAUGGAUUCCAUCCGGGGGGGUACUCCCUAUGGUGCUGGUGUCUUUGCUGGUGAUGGAACAAGAGAGGCUAGUGACACGGAGCUGGCGCUUGCUGAGCACCAAGGCAAGUAUAUGGCUGCAGUAGUCAAGAAGCUGGUUCAGGAUUGAUGGCUGUCUCAAAAAAUUAUUGUCAUAUUCAAACACAAAUAUUCGUUAUUUUUUCUUUUGUAGAUUGAUUUCACCUCCAUUUCAUUGGUUUUUGCGUUUCACAUCUUCUCUUUGGAUAUGAAGAUACUUAUUAUCUUCUUUACAUAUACUAAAUUGUUGAUUAUCCUCUGCCCAAUGCCCUGCUAUCAGUUGUUGCAUAUUCUACAUUUCCAUGUCAACUAUUGUUCUUGUAUAAAAGUUUGUACAUGGUUAUGAUAUUUCUUGCCUACACAUUGUUGUAUUAUUUAUUACUUAUAAAAGAUAUUUGUCGAUAAAGGAACUUAUAAAUUUGUUACACCA